GUAAUGUUUGUAAAUAACAAGACACGUUGAGCUGUUUUUGUGUUGAUUGUGUGCUUUAUUUGCAAGUUUUAGAAGUUGUCUUUAGAAAUUAAUUACCACAAUGAAUUUUGAAGAAAUGGCAGUCAUCGAAGAACACAGUGUUUGCGAAGGGCCUGCCCGUAAGGAAUCAGGAAAGCGGGGACGAAAGCCAGGCAGGAAAUCGGCUGAAAAAGUGGACAUGAAAGCCAAAUUGGAACGUAGUAGACAAAGUGCUAGAGAAUGCCGAGCUCGUAAGAAGUUGCGCUACCAAUAUUUAGAGGAACUUGUAGCCGAUAGGGAGAAGGCAGUUUUCGCACUAAGAAAAGAAUAUGAGCAGUACAUUUUUUGGGCAAAGGAAAUUGAUGCCGGCAGAAUUCCAGAAGGUAUUCAUGAAGCACUUGAGGAACUCAACUUAAAUCAAGAACAAAAGUGAAGUGAAUAUCUGAUUGUGAUAAUUGGGAAACUUUUUAGUUUGGAAAGCGUUUUCUUUAUUGGGAAGCCAUGUAUAAGUUUUAUAUUUAUUGUUUUUAUUGCAUUACUUGAAAAAUAUAUUUUACGUGUAUUUUU